UCCCGUAGACCUGAGUCAGAGGAGCGCUCUGAGCUGGAGGACAUCCGUCGGAGGAAGGGAGCUCUGCUGCAGGAGAUCCAGAGGCUCAGAGAUGAGCUCAGAGAGGCCAUCAUAGAGGUGGAGGGACUGGAGACCAGCACAGAGGGCAGUAAAACUCUACAGAAGAACAGGCAUGUGGCCAUGGGAAGGAAGAAGUUUAACAUGGACCCCAAAAAGGGUAUUGUGUUCCUGGUGGAGAAUGAGUUGCUCAGACACACUCAAGAGGAUGUUGCCCAGUUCCUGUACAAAGGAGAGGGACUCAACAAGACUGCUAUAGGAGACUACCUGGGAGAGAGGGAGGACUUUAAUCUCAAGGUUCUGCAGGCGUUUGUUGACCUUCAUGAGUUCACUGAUCUCAACCUGGUCCAGGCUCUCMGGCAGUUCCUGUGGAGUUUCCGUCUGCCUGGCGAGGCUCAGAAGAUUGACAGGAUGAUGGAGGCCUUUGCCCAGAGAUACUGUCACUGCAACCCUGGGGUCUUUCAGAGCACUGAUACGUGCUAUGUGCUGUCGUUUGCUAUCAUCAUGCUGAACACCAGCCUCCACAACCCCAACGUGAGAGACAAGCCUGGAUUGGACCGCUUCAUCUCCAUGAACAGAGGCAUCAACGAGGGUGGAGACCUGCCAGAGGACCUGCUCAGAAAUCUUUAUGACAGCAUCAAGAACGAGCCCUUCAAGAUCCCUGAGGAUGAUGGGAACGACCUGACACACACCUUCUUCAACCCCGACAGAGAGGGCUGGCUCCUCAAACUAGGAGGACGGGUGAAGACCUGGAAAAGAAGAUGGUUCAUUCUCACAGACAACUGCCUUUACUACUUUGAGUAUACUACAGAUAAGGAGCCCAGAGGUAUCAUUCCCCUAGAGAACCUGAGUAUCCGGGAGGUUGAAGACCCCAGGAAACCUAACUGCUUUGAGCUGUACAUCCCCAACAACCGUGGUCAGCUGAUCAAGGCCUGUAAGACGGAGGCAGACGGCAGAGUGGUGGAGGGGAACCACAACGUGUACCGCAUCUCUGCCCCCACACCUGAGGAGAAAGACGAAUGGAUCCACCACAUCAMCUCUGCGGUCAGCGUGGACCCCUUCUAUGAGAUGCUGGCUGCCAGGAAGAAACGCAUAUCUUUAAAGAAGAAUGAGGAACAACCGUAGAACAUUCCCUUCUUCCUCUCUCCUCUUCAUCCCCUCCUCCACCUCUUCAUCUCUCAUUCCAACAUGGGACACAAGCCUUUCUCUCCUCCCUAGAUUCAUUCCAUUCCUCACUUUUCCCCUCUUUCUUUCUUUGUGAGGAGGACUUGUUGCUAUCCUGUUUAAGAGACUGGCCAGCACAAACRGGCAGUUCAGGAGUUCACCACUCAUCCACUACUGUCUGUUGCUGCUAGCGGCUGAUCUGUACGCUACCACACUACGAAGUGUCCACUACUACCCUACAUACUGCACAGUUAGUUGACUCACUCAAAGCCCCCUUCUCGUCACUACACCUCUCCUCCUCCCUUCUUUUCCGUGACGUUGAAGUGAACUGUGAAAUAAAUAUGUAUUUUAUUCAGGGUAGCAAGCAGGGCCACAACCUUCCAUCACAAACAGGCUGCAACUCAUCAGUCUGAAGUGACUUCCUCKCCAUCUGUAACUGAUCUAACAUUGGGGCAACGGACCAGUGUGUUUCCAACUGGUCCAGUUUUAACCGGUCACUGUGUGACGGACAGAAUGCCCGGCGGCUGAGGAAGCCACUUUAACCUGUUAAGAUGCAGCCCUAGUUGUCUGCUGUGCUGUACUCUAACUUCUUGGCUCCAGGUUAGCAUGUCUCUAUCAGCAUUAUCAAAGUCCCACUUUAAUACUGUAGCCUCUAUGAAGGAGAUGACGCUGGUCCUUACUGCUUAGCCUUAGACCAUAAAAAUGUCAUUCAUGUUAAAUUUGUUAUGAUCAACCGGGAAAUGUUCCCAGAAACUGACCAAUAAGGCAACAAUUGAGCAGUGAACACUAAAGACGACGACUCAUGUCAAUGACCACUGGUGUUUCCUUCACAAGACUGUUAAUAAACUCCCUCAUACAGACA